AUGACACCAGUUGCGCCAUCAGUUUCCACGUCACCGACAGCACCAUUAACCGUUGGAUUGGCGCUUGGAGAGAUAGCCAAACUCAACUUCAGGCUGUCUGAGUUGGAGACGUCACGUGGAAGGAGUAUGCAGCAUAGCAACAACCCUGGAUACAGCGCCAGCCGGCGCAGGAGCGUCUCGAGAGGCGCUCGCCGCACACCAUAA